AUGGGGUUUGGUUUAAGGCAAGGGUUCGAUAGAGUUCUCCAAAAACGCUACAGAGGUAGAAUAAGAAAUCCCGAGAUAGAAGAAACUGAUUAUGAAGAAGAAGAUGAUAACUCUGUUAAAAUCUUGCAUGGUUUUCGACCCUGCCCAAGAAAAGCAAGGGAGAAAUCUCCAUUGCCAUGUCCUCAGCCGCAUAAGAAAAUGAGAAGAUGUGUAAAGCAGAAUAUGCAACAUCAACUUUAG